AUGGCCGCCCAGGAGAAAGCCCCUGAGGAGAGGAUUUCACAGUUUGAUCCUGCUGUGUUCCCAGAGAUGUCUGCUUUUCUAGGUGUAAAUGCACUUCAAUAUGUAAAGGAAAUAGAAGAAGAAGAGCACAGAGACAGAGAAAAAAUGCAAAAAGGCUUUAAUUCACAAAUGCGUAGUGAAGCGAAAAGGUUAAAGACUUUUGUGAGCUAUACCACCUUCAGCUCGUGGAUGCCCCAGGAGAUGGCAGAGGCUGGGUUUUAUUUCACUGGCACAAAAUCUGGCAUUCAGUGCUUCUGCUGUAGCUUAAUCCUCUUUGGUACUAGCCUCCAGAGUUCCCCCAUGGGACACCACAAGAAGUUCCAUCCAGACUGUGAGUUCCUUCUGGGUAAAGACGUUGGUAACAUUCCCAAGUACGAUAUAAGAGUUCAGAAUCCAGAGAACACGUUGAGGAAGGAUGACAAAGCAAGGUACCAAGAUGAGAAGGCCAGACUCGAAUCCUUCGAGAACUGGCCAUUUUAUGCCCAAGGGACGUCCCCAAGGGAGCUCUCAGCUGCUGGCUUUGUCUUUACAGGUAAACGCGACACUGUCCAGUGCUUCUCCUGUGGCGGAUGUUUAGGAAACUGGGAAGACGAUGAUGAUCCCUGGAAGGAACAUGCCAAGUGGUUCCCUAAAUGUGAAUUUCUUCAAAGCAAGAAAUCUUUAGAGGAAAUUACCCAGUAUAUUCAAAGCUACAAGGGAUUUGUUGAUGUCACGGGAGAACAUUUUCUGAAUUCCUGGAUCAAGAGAGAUUUAUCUGUGGCAUCAGUCUGUUGCAAUGGCAGCAUCUUUGUUAAUGAAGAACUCCGCCUGCAGUCUUUCAAGUCCUGGCACCCGUUGUCCCCACUGGGAGCAGCAGCUCUGGCCAAAGCAGGUUUUUUCUACACAGGUGAAUCGGACAUUGUCCAGUGUUUUUCCUGUGGAGGAUAUUUGCAUGAGUGGGAGGAAGGUGAUGACCCAUUAGAAGAACACGCCAAGUUUUUUCCCAAUUGUCAGUUUCUCCAGAGUGUGAAGUCCUCUGCAGAAGCGAUUCCAGACCUUCAGAGCCAUGAUGAACUUUCUGAGUUAACGGAAACUACAAGUGAAAGCAAUCUUGAAGAGUCAACAGCAGUUAGUUCUAUAGUGCCAGAGGUGGCCCAGGGUGAAGCCCAGUGGUUUCAGGAGGCAGAGAGCCUGAGUGAGCACCUGAGAAAAGUCUAUACCAGUGCUCCUUUCUGCCACAUGUCUUUGCUUGAGCUCUCUUCCUGUCUAGCCACUGACCAGUGGCUGGAUUGUGAUCUGUCCUUUGCUUUAAAACACAUCACCAGUCCUGUGCAAGAGCCUGUGGUGUUGCCUGAAGUCUUUGCUAACUUGAACUCUGUCAUGUGUGUGGAGGGUGAUGCUGGGAGUGGAAAGACCAUCCUCCUGAAGAAAAUAGCUCUUCUGUGGGCAUCAGGAUGCUGUCCCUUGUUAAACAGGUUCCGGCUGGUCUUCUGUCUCUCUCUUGGCUCUACCAGACCAGAGCAGGGGCUGGCCAGUGUUAUUCAUGACCAACUCUUAGAGACAAAUGUAUCUGUUACUGAAAUGGGCCUAAGGAACAUCAUCCAGCAGUUAAAGAACCAGGUGUUAUUCCUUUUGGAUGACUACAAAGAAAUGUGCUCAGUCCCCCAAGUCAUAGCAAGGAUGAUUCAAAAAAAACAUUUGUCAAGGACCUGCUUGGUGAUCACUGUCCAUACAAAUAGGGCCAAGAACAUCCGCCGAUACCUAGAUACAAUCAUAGAGAUUAAGGCGUUUCCUUUCUAUAAUACUAUUUCUAUAUUAAAGAAGCUCUUUCCAGGUGAUUUGACCCGUCUGCGAAAGUUGAUGGUUGACCUUGGAAUGAAUCAAACUUGGCAGGGAAUUCAGAAGACUCCCUUGUUUGUAGCAGCAGUCUGUGCUAGUUGGCUUCAGAAUCGUUUUCAUUGGUCCUUUCACAGUGUGGCUGUUUUCAAGUCCUAUAUGGAAUGCCUUUUCUUAAAGCACAAAACUGCAGCUGACCUUCUCAAAGCAACUGUGUCCUCCUGCGGUGAACUAGCCUUGAAAGGGUUUUUUUCAUCUUGCUUUGAGUUUAGAGAUGAGGACCUCAUAGAAGCAGGGAUUGGUGAAGAGGAAGAUCUAGCCAUGUACCUGAUGAACAAAUUCACAGCCCAGAGACUGAGGCCAGUCUAUCAGUUUUUAAAUCCUGCAUUUCAAGAAUUCCUUGCUGGAAUGAGGCUGACCGAACUCCUGGAUUCUGAUAGGCAAGAAGACCAAGAUUUGGGACUUCAUUAUUUGAAACAAAUCAACUCAACCUUGAUGGCUAUCUGUCCCUAUGCCAAUUUUUUGAACUGUGUCUCCAGCCAUCCUUCAACAAAGGCAGGGCCAAAAAUUGUAUCCCAUUUGCUUCUCUUGGUGGAUAAUAAACAGACACUGGAGAAUAUAUCUGAAAAUGACGACUAUCUGAAGCAUCAUCCAGAAAUUUCAGAGUUGAUGCAAUGUUUCAGGUUGAUGUGGCAAUUCUCUCCACAAACUUACCUUUCAGUGGCUUCAAAACAUUUGCUAGCUCUGGCUGUAAAGAUUGCGUAUCAAAGCAACACUGUUGCUGCAUGUUCUCCUUUCAUUUUGCAAUUCCUUCAUGGGAGAACCCUGUGUUUGGAUGUUCUUAAGUUACAGUAUUUUUUUGACCACCCAGAAAGCCUGUUAUUGUUGAGGAGCAUCCAGGUCUCCAUAAGUGGAAAUAUAUUAUUCAAAACAGAUAUGCCCCUUGAAAGAAUUUUAGACAAAUCCCAGGCACCAACUAUAGAUCAGGACUAUGCUUCUGCCUUUGAACUUGAGAGUGAAUGGAUGCAGAGUUUGGUUGAAAAACAGGAAAACAUUAAGCGUUUUCAUGACACGCGACUCAAUGCUCCACCAGCCAUCAGCACUGGCUAUUGGAAACUUCCUUCAAAGCAGUACAAGAUUCCCCUUCUGGAAGUUCAUGUGACUAACACCAGUGCUGCAGAUCAGGAGAUGCUAAGGUUUCUAACAGAGGUUUUCUCAGCUGCACAGCACAUUGAACUCCACUUGAACGACAGCAGGGGUUUUAUUGAAAACAUCCUCCCAGCUCUUGAGCAGUACAGGGCCUCUUUCACCAAGUGCUGCAUAAGCCAAUGUGAGCUGAGUGCAACAGAACAGGAAUUGCUUCUCACUCUAACUUCCCUAGAAUCUCUUCAAGUCUCAGAGACAACCCAUAUACAAGACCAACUCUUUCUUAAUUUGGACAAAUUCUUGUGCCUGAAAGAACUGUCUGUGAAUCUGAAACAAGAUGUUUUUUCAGUCAUUUCUGAAGAAUUCCUAAAUCUCCACCAUAUGGAGAAAUUAUUGAUCCAAAUUUCAUCUAAGUGCAGUCCUUCCAAAUUAGUCAGAUUAGUUCAGAAUUCUCCAAACCUCCAAGUUUUCCAUCUGGAAUGUAAUAGCUUUUCGGAUUUUGAAUCUCUUGUGACUGCACUUGCUUCCCGCAAGAAACUUGAAGAAAUUAAGUUAUCUGGACACUGUUUUAAUGCCAACCCAUUUGUCAUUGUUUUGCCAAAUUUUAUUUCUCUGAAGAUAUUAAACCUUCGGUUCCAAUAUAUUCCAGAUAAGGAAACAGCUGAAAAAUUUGCCUAUGCUUUAGGUUCUUUAAAUAACCUGGAAGAAUUGAUCCUUCCCACUGGGGAUGGGAUUCAUCAAAUGGCCAAACUGAUCGUCCAGCAGUGUCAGCAUCUUCAGUGUCUCCAAGUUCUCCAGUUUUUCAAGACUUUGGAUGAUGACAGCGUGGUGGAAAUUGCCAAGGUAGCAAUCAAUGGAGGUUUCCAGAAACUCAAGCAUCUUGAUUUUUCAAUGAACCACAAGAUUACAGAGGAAGGAUACAGAAACUUCUUUCAAACACUGGACAACCUGCCUAACUUGCAAGAGUUAACUAUUUCCAGGCAUUUCAAAGAAUGUAUCAAAGUUCAGGCCACAACAGUCAAGUCUUUGAGUCAAUGUGUGUUACGGCUGCCAAGCCUCAUGAGACUUAACAUGUUAAGUUGGCUCCUGGAUGCAGAAGACAGCACACUGCUUACUGCCACGAUAAAAAAGCACCCUCAGUCUAAACAUUUCAUCCUUUCCUGGAAAUGGAUACUGCCAUUCUCUCCAAUCAUUCAGGAAACUAUUAGCUAA